ACCUCCUGGGACUCGGGUGGGUCUCGUUCCCCACCGGCGAUUCGGCGGCGACCGAUCCACUCUCCUCUCCUUGCCCCCGGCGAACGCAUCCUCUUGCCGGUUGCCGCCGCGAUGUCGUCGCCGGGAGAUGCCGCGCCUCCGUCGGAGGCCUCGGCCUCGGUAUCGGCGGCGCAGGAGGCGGGGCAGCAGGGGGGCCCGACGAGGGAGCGGCGGAUGGAGUCGCUCGGGUGGCUGACGGAGUCGGCGGUGAUGCCGAAGAAGCACAAGGCCAUCGAGGGCGUCGGCGCCGCGUCCAUCCUCGACCUCAAGGCGCAGCUCUACCGCACGCAGGAGGAGGCCCGCAAGCCCGGCGCCCACGACGCUGCCGCCGCGGCGGCAGCCUCGGGCGAGUUCCGGCGCGCUAAGAAGCGAGCCGCGCCCUCCGACCCCCUCGGGGCGAAGAAUUCCGGCGUCGAUGCCCGCGCCCACAAAGAUAAGUUGGAGCUGAAAGCUGUGAAGGAUGGUUCGGUAAGUUAUGCUGCCUUAGAAAAGAAGGCAGAGUUGUAUGAAAAAUUAUCUAGAGGUGAGAUACCUGAUGAAGAAGACAAGGAAAAAUAUUGUGUCGAUUUCUUCCAAAAGAGUUUCGAUCAUGUCUAUGAGCCACGACAACCAGAGAGCGAAAGUGCCAUUGACAGUGCAGAACCAGAAAAUGGCAAUGAUGAUUCUGUGGCAAGUGCGAAACCAAUGGGCCUUGGCCGAACUGGCACUACUAUUGACAGGGAUGAGCACAAGCGUUUUGUUAGGGAGGUUCACGAGGAAGUAAGUGAGGCAAGGCAGAAGGCUUCAACAAUGAAAUCCCGACGACAAGAGCAGGAGGCUGCUCGAAGAGAGAAACUCAGGCAAGCUUAUCUCAAGAAACGCCUGGAGAAGUUAAUUGCUGAAAAACAAGCAUCUUCGGCCACCGACGACCUACCGGCUAGCUAAUCCAAAUUCUGUAGAUGUUCUCACUCUUUGCCCAGUAGCAGCUGUAGACCUGUAGUAGUUUCAUGGCAGCUAAAACAUUAUUUUUAAAGUGGUUCCUUGAUUUAGCUGAGCCAAACUCAGAAAAUGUUGGCAUGUAAAGUUGUUUGUGGUUCUUUUUUGGGGGGACAAUUGCUCAUCCGACCCUUGUAUGAAGGCUAACUACCGAAAUGACCAUUUUUUUUUUCAGUUUGCUUAUUUGAAAAGGAGGGUAAAAUGAGCAAACUAGAAAAAACAGGACCAAAUUGGUAGUUACCCUUCAAAAUAGGGUCAAAGCGUAAUUGCCCCAUUUUUUAAAAGUUGUUUCUACAGCAUGUUGUUGUACAAGUCUACACAAAUGAAAAGGCAUCUUCAUCCUCACCUGAUUUAUGAGGUCUUACUGCGACCCCAUAUACAUAUGCGUGUGGUUUCGAGUCCCUGUUUGAUG